UUUGCGAACUAACAUGCCACAACCCUCUGUUGUUGAUAUUGGACGGCAGAGAUAUGCUAGCAAAAUGAACGAAACCCAAACUGCGAGAGCAGUAUACAGUGUACACCAUACAGACGUUUAGCAAGGGAUCUCUCUACUCUUCUGAAGCUCCCUUCCUCCUUUUUUCCGAAGGUCUCUCUCUUCCCCCGCUUUGAUUCAUGUUCCUGAUCUCCCCCAAGAGUACCUUCUGUCUAUCCGUUUCCCCAUUAAAUUAUUUGGGCGCUGCAACUCUCUUGCUUCAUACUGCAAAGAGCAAAGAAAACAUAAGCCACCCAUCUGAGAAACACCCAAUCUUUCAUCAAGUCUUCAGAGAUGGACGCCUCAAAGAUUCCAUGGCAGCGUCAGAGACCUCCAACCUCCAUGAAUCUCCUUCAAGUUCCUUAUUCUUCUCAAAUUCAUUGCAAUUUUGCUCCAAAAUGGGUUUUUUACGAGAAGGUAAACAGUUCCAUUGUUGCAUGAUGAAACUAAUAACCCAACCUCAAAUCUCUCUCCAAAACCAGCUACUCAACAUGUAUAUAAAAUGCGGUUGCUUGAGUGAUGCACACCAAGUUUUUGAUGAAAUGCCUAAGAGAAAUCUGGUUUCUUGGAAUACUGUUAUUUCAGGUUUUUCAAAGCACAGUGGGCUUAUAGAACUUAAACUUCGAAGAAGUAAAUCUAGUGGUUCAUUAAAUUAUGCACUAGAAAGUGAGUUUUGGGCCAUGUUUUUAUUUCGUGAAAUGUUGUUAGAAAGAGUGGGUCCAAACUGCAUAACCAUGAUCAGUGUUCUCGGUUCUUGUCUCUCUUUGUCAGAGGUUGAAUUUGGUAAGCAACUUCACUCGAUUACGAUAAAAUCGGGAUUUGAUAUAGACCUUGUUGUUAGUACUGCUCUUACUGAUCUCUAUGCAAAAUGUAGCGACAUGAAAUGUGCUAGACUCAUAUUUGACAAAGUAGAACUCAAGGAUUUGGUGUUAUGGAAUGUCAUGAUUUAUGGUUAUGCUCAUAAUUCUUUCGGAAAGGAAGCAUUUGGAGUAUUUAAAUUGAUGCGAACUGAAGGGUUGUCGGGUGAUAGUUUUACCUUUAGUAGUUUAUUGAAUGCAUGUAGUGGGCUAAGAUCUCAAGAAAUGGGGAAACAAAUCCAUGGGUGUAUUAUUAAGCUAUCAAUUGAUUUGGAUUUUUUAGUAUCAAGUACACUUGUUGAUAUGUAUGCAAAGAAUGAGAAUUUAGGGGAUGCAAGAAAGGCUUUUGAUGGGAUGGUUGUCCGUAGUGUGGUAUCUUGGACUACUUUAAUUGUGGGUUAUGGCCACAAUGGUGAAGGUGUGGCGGCCUUGAAGCUUCUCAGUAGAAUGAUUCGAGAUGGUUUCAGACCAGAUGAACUCACUUUGGCUAGCAUUCUUAGCUCAUGUGCGAAUGUUGCUACCUCAAAACAGACAGUUUUGGUACAUACACAUAUCAUAAAAAAUGGGUUUGAAUCAUUCCUACCAGUCUCCAAUGCCUUGAUCAAUGCAUACUCCAAAUGUGGCUAUAUUGAGAGUGCUUAUCUAGUGUUCAAAUUGAUUCGAAAACAUGAUCUUGUUACAUGGACUUCAAUGAUAAAUGCUUACGCUUUUCAUGGUAUUGGAAGAGAGGCCAUUAUGCUCUUCGACAAGAUGAUUGAAGAGGGUGUUUGGCCAGAUCGUAUCGCCUUUGUUGGGGUUCUUGCUGCUUGUAGCCAUGGAGGCCUGAUCAGUCAGGGCCUACGCUACUUUUCUUCAAUGGAAAAUGUUUAUCAGAUAACACCGGAUUCAGAACACUAUUCUUGUUUCAUCGAUCUCCUUGGUCGUGCAGGGCUUCUAAAAGAGGCUUUCAAUGUUUUAAUGAAUGUGCCCUUUGAUCCAGGUGCUAAUGUAUGGGGGGCAUUUCUCGGUGCUUGUAGGAUCCAUGGCAACUUGGAGUUAGCGAGAUUUGCAGCAGAAAAGCUUUUUGAAAUAGAACCAAGUGAACCGUCGAAUUAUGCUUUGUUAUCCAAUAUAUAUGCUAGUCUUGAGAGUUGGAGUGAUGUAGCUAAGGUUCGAAAGAUGCUUAGAGAGAGGUGUGAGAAGAAAGUCCCAGGGUGCAGCUGGAUGGAGAUUGGUAGUAAGAUUCACUCAUUUGUUUCGAGUGAUAAAUCCCACCCACAAGUGAAAGAGAUCUAUGCAAUCUUGAAAGUACUAAAUGAGCAACUGGAGGAAGGAAUUUCGUAUAUUAAUGGCAAUGUGUUCAAUGCUGUAGGUAUGAUCAAUUGAUUUGACAUUUGAACAUCAUAUGGAGGAAGAGUAACCCACUUUUAGGCUUAUUUUCUUGUGGUUUGGAAAAGGAGCAAGUGGAACAGAUGUCCCAACGUCUGAAUCCCUGUUUUAUCACUUGAUACGAGAACUUGAUCAUCAGUUGCUUUUGGACCGGACAUAGUUAUUUCUGAUUUUGACGUAAGAAAAGUAAAAUAGGCUAUAAAGAAACAUAACUGAGGAAAUAAGUAGAAAAUACUUUGGGAAUCUCAUUCAUGCAGAUAGGAAAUUUUUUGAGAUAUGAUUGUUGGUGAACAUCUGUUAUUUCCAAGGAUGAUUCUUCAACCUAUUCAUAGACUCGGAUAAGUGAAGGAGAGCUUCACAGGAACCCAACCUUCUAUUUCCUUUACAAUAGCUCAGCUCUGUACAUAUCUGUCGUGUAUAUUUCUUGCCAACAAUGGUCACUAGAGACGAAACAUAAGAUGCAUAUGGAUCUCGGACCCUAGACAAUGCGGAGGAUUCUCCUGAGUUUUAAGGAUGAUAUGCUCGUGGAGAGGCUGGCCAUCCUUCUGACCCAGAAGUUUGUCGCUCGUCUAACAUACUAAAAGAGCAAGGUGAAGUGUAACAUAUGCAUAAUGCAUGUCAUGAGUAUACAACACUAUGCAAGCGAAAGCAAUCACCAAUCGUGAAAAUGAUUCGUCAUUGCUUGCACAUGCUAUUCAAGGCGCUGCAGAACUCCAUGGGCCCUCCACUCAGUAGCUGCCAACUGCUGACAUAGACUCGCAGACUAGAGGUGGACCAUUUCCUACAUCUUUCGUGAAAUCAACAUGGUAGUAGAUAUACUUGUCAAGAAUGGGAUAUCUUUAUCUCAUGCUAUAAUUUGGCAUUCUUCUUUUUUCUUACUUCAUGAUUUGGCACAAUUGAUCCAUUGUAGAGUUGUAACAGUAUGAUUUGUAUUUUCUCUUUUUUUAUUUAAUGAAAAAGGGCAUAAUUGCCCCAUUGUACGGUUGUAACA